AUGGCCUCUUUCCAUCGAGAAUCGAUUUUGUCAACUCUUGAUUUGUCUGAUCUCGUGCUCUCUAUUGUCCCCGUGCCUUGCCCAGCUAAUGCGUUUACCAUUGAACGUUGCUAUUAUGUCAGCUUAACCGAACGAUUUAGCAGGAUUCAAAUUGGUCUGUUGUUCCUACAGGAUUUUUUCGGGUCAAAAAUAUAUCAGAAGAAUACUGAAACUUUUUGUACAGCUGCUUUUUUGCAGUUGUCCACGUUUCACUUACAUGUAAAACAAUUAGACGUAUUAUCCAUGUAGAAUAAAGUUUUUGUUUUUAGUGAGACGAGUUUUGAAUUAAAAACAAGUUUUAUGGACGGGGAAAAAUCGGUUAGCUGCAUUCAUUUAUUUUUUUCAUUUUUCUAUGAUUAUAUUCAUUUACAAUGAAUUCUAUCCAGGGGUAUUUAAUUGUAUUUACUCUUUUGAUUAACAUUUUGUGCACCGCUAAAAUAGUUAAUAUAGAUAAAGCCCGAUAAUAGCAUUUAUGUCAUUUCUUCUUCGUUCACUAUGAAUCCCAUCGGUCUGCUUCUCUCUAUAAAUAAUUCUACUAAAGUCGUAAUCGCUUCCACUGUCUUACCAAUUAUCAUCUACGUAUGCUUUUUAAUUAAUCUUUUUAUCCUUUAGUUUAAUUUCUACGUCACUAUCAUACAGUCCUUUAACAACUGAUUUCAAUGCGAUUUUGAAAAGCAUAUUGAACUAUGCAAUAUUAAUAUUAAGCAAAAGUAUGCACCAUGUGUAUAAAAUAUUCGGUCGGCGAUAGAAUUCGACUAGCAAGUAGUGUAGGUACUUUUAAAUAAAAGUUAAGCGUGUAAAUAACACGCUAAAGAAAUUUAUCGAAAACAAAACCGAAUAUCCGCAGUUGGGUAUAACCCGAAAUUUAACACCGUGAAAAUCCUGAAUGCGUUUGCUGAAAACUACAAAUAAUUAGCACUCUAACGGCAAACAAAUUGCCGUUAAAUCGUUUCGAGGGGGAGAAAUACAUCCUUUGAGGAAAUUAAAUUUCGAUGAAUUUUAGCCAUGCAUUUACUUAACACGACCACGAACGGUUCCGGAGCGUUCAAACAAUCAUUCGACUUUGUACGUCAUAAUAUUAUAUAGGAUCGUUUCGUUUCGUUUUAUAAUACAACACGGAUAUUAUUAAUGUGUAGUGUGAGCGAAAACUUUUGAUUUACACAUUCUCGUUGGUGCUCGAGUGGUCGUAAUAUGAACCCCGAAGAUUAAACGAAAGACGGUUUCCGGCCGUAUUUAUAAACGUAAAUCACUAAGUCGAUGGUAGUGAAAACUUAUUUCCUAAGUGGAAUCCCUCGUUUAAGAGAUAAAUUCGCGAAACAUCAACGGCGGAUAAAAUACAAAUGCCGCGGUUUCAUUAGUAACGGGAAUUUCGAAUUUUCGGAAAACACUAUUGAAAUGAGAUUGGAGUGGAACACCUGCGCAAAAGUUUUACUAAUGGCGUAGUUUAUUUACGCUGUGUCUAGACGCACGGACAGUCGUGUUUAAAAUGCGCGAACAAACGACCGUGUUUAUGUGCGAAUCAUACACCUUGACAUUGAAUCGUAUAGUGUUUUAAUAGACUGGCAAAAUGCCUCUCAAUCAAGAUGUUUCGCGUUCGAUUCCGUUUUCUAUAUUUUGUAUAGUAAAUCAAUUGUUUCGUUUUUUUUUUUUUUCUUGCACUUUUGUAGUUUUGGUGGCAGCUUUUCGACGACCAACUAAUAGGUUUUAGUUUUUCACUCAAGACAUCGUUUUCCAUGGAAUAUUAUCAGGUUAAGACCUAUAGGUUGACAUUCUCCAUUUCCUAUCUGCUUUAAAUAAAUUUCAGGUGGAUUUUUCGACGACUAAGAUUUCGGAUUCAAGCGUACACAUGGGACACUUUAUUGCCCGAUUUUCGAGGUCUUUUUUUUUCGCCCUUAGUAUGAAAAAUAAUUAUACAAUUUAUAAUAAAUAUUGCGAUUAAUAGUUGAUUUUUUUUUUUUAUAUCAUACGUUCAUGUCUCCUUUAGAAACACGACCGUCCGUGGACGUAUUAAAAACACGGAAGUCCGUAUAUUCAUGCAGCAAUAUAUUAACGAUUUUUUCAUUGUUUUUUCUACCCAAAUCAAUCGAUGUUGCUAAAGACGUCUUUAAGAAAUCUAAUUAAUAAAAAUACGUUUGGAAUAAAUUUGAAUAUUCAUUAUUAAUUUUAAUAUUUUAAUUAUCAUUUUUUUUUAAGUAUUCCUUUCGGUCUACUGUAAAUGAAUUAUUAUUAAAUCACAUUAAAAUUGACUACUUAUAUUAGGCAAUUCAUUUCAACGCAAAUAUUUUUGAGGCUUAAAAUAAAUUAAAAGGAAUUUAAACUGUAAAACAGGAGUGUACAGUAAUAAUGUAGCGCUUAUAAUUAUAGCUUUUGUUACGAUUCUUCAAAAAUAUUCGGAGUAUUUUAAAUUAAAAUAUUACGUGAGUAUAGGUACACAAUAAUAUACAGAACACAGACACGUUUGAAUAAUAUCGCAUUUGAAUCGUCAAAAAAGUGAUUUUUUUAUCGGCGCCCAGGUCUGAUAAAAUAUCAUAAUAUCAAUAAUUUACUACGGAGUUACUCGUAUUUAAGAUUUAUUAUAAUUUCUAUUUUUAUUUAUUUUUUUCCUUUACAGAUAAUGGGAUUAUUUUUAUUGGGCUACGUGGUGUACACUAGGCUGGACACGGUGCUCCAAGAAUGGAUCGACGCUCUGAAAAUUUGGCAAGUUUAUUUGGGAUUGUACGUGUUGAUAUUCGUGUCAAUCAUCGUGGUAAUCGCUCCGUUCCUGUCGUGUUUCGCCGUCUACCAGGAAAUCAACCAGCUGCUGAUGGCCGUAAGUACCUACCUACCUGUGUCCGCACGCUCUGCGCUAAACUUUUUCAAUUAUUUCCGAUAAUCCGCGCAGUUUUAUAAUUGCGGUGACUAACGAACGCAUUCGCCCGGCGCUAUUACAUCAUUACGCCGAGUACAAUAUAAGUGUUUCGGCCGUCGCCCGUGCACGUUUAUACCGGGACGGCGGCACGGCGCGGACGAACGACAGUGGCGCACGGAAAUUAAUCGGAAGUCAAAACGAAACAAAACAAAAACAAAUAACAAAACUGCGUAAUUACCGCGCACUGUCGUGA